AUGGCGACACUGGGGACCAGCAGCGCCUCAACACCAGCGGCGCCGAGGGGCCAGGUGGCCAACGGUCCUCUUCCGACCCUCGGCACGGCGCCAUCGACUGGUGCAUACCUGAACGGCUCUCAUCCGCGGCCGGCGACGCCGCCGCGCACUCCACCCGGCGGCUCGUCGCGCCGCCCCGGCUCUGGUAUCUUCCACCCCACAGCAGAUACGAGCACAUACCGCGACCUGCUUCUAUUCGAGGAGCGCCUGAAGAUGAACGCCGAGAUGCUCCGGAGGAGAAGGCGGCGGUACAGUGUCUUUCUCUAUUCGUUCGUUACCGCUUUCGUCGUCAUGUCAUACCGGCUGGUCGUGCUGCCGCCCGAGAACUGGGUGCUGCUACGUGGUCUGCAAGCCUCGGUCAUGGUCGUGUUCAUCACGCUGGCGCUCUUCUUCGCCUCAGGCAUGUAUGACGAGAAGAUCCGCUACGCCCACAGGUCUCUUCGCCCACUGAACAUGUACUUCAACGUGCGCCGAGCCCGUGGUGGGCUCUGGGAUAUGUUGCCGCUGCCUGCUGCGCUGCGGCCAUCACCGGCUCCGCUCAAGGCAGUUAACAACACGUCGACAAUGAACGAGAAGCGCCCUCCUGGCGGUCACCGGCCGAGCACGCGACGCGUUAGCAACUCGUCGCACACGGUCAUGGCGCAGAUCCCGCCGAGUGCGAACCCGCGCGGAGAGCUCAUCUUCUCGUCGCGCGUCGACCCGCACUUCGAAGAGGGGUAUAAGCGGUAUCGCGCCGCCUUUGAGCGCAGGAGAGAGGAGCGAGCAAAGGAGGAGGCGAAGUUGAAGGGCCCAUGGUGGCUCCGCUGGGCGUACCGUAGCGGCGUUGCUCAACCUCCGGCCCAGCCUCAGUCGCAGCCGUCUAGCAGACGCGGCACGCCCCAGCAGUCCCGAGACCGAAGCCGCAGCCCGAAGAGCGAUGGCGAGCGGGACAGGACAGAGUCCUUCUCUUUCGUCCCCACCGGGCCAGGUGAGGCUGUCAGCCAGCGAGCUCGCGCCCGAUAG